GAUGUACUCGAGGAGAGGUCACACCAGCUUGAGGAGCUCGAGAUCGAUCUAACACACCAUCAGGAUAUGUUGUCCGACAUUGACUCUGAUGACGAAAAAGAGCAUGAUGAGUUCGCAGUGCAGAUCCUGAAGCUGCCCAGGCAUAGGUCCAUGAGAUUUCCAGUUUUGAAAAAAAAAAAUGGCUCUAGCCGCCGUUUCGGUCGCCCCCGGGAGCUCAAGGGCUGUCAGUCAGCAAGUCCUCGAGUAUAUUCACGAUGUCUUCGACUUCGGUUCUCUUCAGUCGCUGAAGUUACGGCACUACCAUGGCUGGCAAGACCUGAUUAUACUGAUCUGUAAAGGCGCGGAGCCUCUCAAAUUGAGAUCUCUCGAGAUUCAGUGGUCAUUCAAAGAUAACCUAACUAAACCAUAUGAGUCGAUUUCGGCACUUCUUGACAAGAUUCAGGGGCUCGAGGAGUUGUUCCUCUACACCACCGCCGCUGAAUAUUCACUUGGGCCCUGGCGAGCGCUGCUACGUCACCGUACUUCACUUCGGAGAUUUGUCCAUCACCAACGAAGCCUCGACCUGCGCGACGAUGACUACCUUUUUGGGAAAGUGUGCGAUACACCGGAGCCGAUUUUUAUGAGUCCCGAAGACGAAGACGACAGUCCAGGUGGCUCUUUAGGGAAAUUAAACCUAACCUGCCUCGGAAUCGCUUGCAUUCCUGAGUUUAUGGGAAGUUUCGUGUCUGGGUUGGCUUCGAAAUCAUCCUUGCAAGUCUUGCAUAUGAGGCAAUCAGGCGGGGACCUGAUAAGGUACUAUUUAGGUUGGGACAAACCACUCGAGCGGGACGUUGAGCUCUUCGAUUUUUUCGGCAUCGACCUUCCCGUCGAGCGUUUCCCCAUGGUAGGAGAUGCUUUCAUCGACUUUGCUCAAUGGGUAUUCGGGCCUACCGGAAUUCGUUCAUUGCGACUGCUAGCCUACGGCGACUUCUCUUACGAGGGACGCUUCGGGCAAUCCACGCUGCUGCUGUGCCGACGGGAUCCUUCUUGCGGUACUGAAUAUUCUGCUGGUGAAGAAGCUAGUCAAGUUCUUCGUUUCCGAGAGGUCAAAAAAGGCGAGGACGCGGAAUUGUGGGGAUUAUUCGAACGCGAGAAGCACGUACUCACAGCCUGUCCCUGCGAUACUAUUUUCCAUGUGUAAUGUACCGGCGCAGCUGUCCCGUAGAACUCAGGUAAAAGGAUGUUAUGGCGCAGAGUGGUCCUCUAGCAAUAAUCACAGUUCUGUUCCC